AGCAUUAACCAGCAGCUCGCAGCCUCGCACACGCACACACGCGCCGCGGCCGCUCCGUGAGGCCGCCCCCCCGCCCGCCCGCGCAGCGCGAGAGAGAACCGCCGGGCAUGCAGCGCCUCGCCUCCUCCCGGAGGCUCCUCGGGGCCGCGCUCGCCCCCGCCAGGGCCAACUCCAGCCUCUCCGCGGCCGUCGCCGCGGCGCCCGCGGUGGAGAAUGGCGCCGCCGCGUCCCCGAAGAUGCCGGGCUUCGACUACACGCCGCCGCCCUACGACGGCCCGCGGGCCGAGGAGAUCUUCCGGAAGCGGGCCGAGUUCCUCAGCCCGUCCCUCUUCCACUUCUACGACCGCCCCGAAAAAAUGUCGUCUUCUUGGUAGUCCUUUCACACAGAAGUGUUCUUUGUCGCUUUCCGAUAGGUUUGGUAGGAAUGCCCCUAUCCCAUGUGCUCUGUUCUUAUCUCAUGUCAUGUACGAUCUGAUAAUAAUUCAGCGAGAUCUGUCCCAAGGUAUCCUUCAGAAUCCCCCAGGACGCCAGCAGCCACAAAUUCUGAAUUGUUUGUUAAAAACAAAUUCUGCAUCGCUGGCAGUACCACUCAAGAAACUGGUUGAUAGCACUGUCGCUGGAGGACAGUAUGUUUUCUCUCCGUUGUACUAGUAGAUCCUUUUUCCAAGUGCAGAUGCCAGAUGGGUUGAGAAGCCGUAGGUGACCUUUGUAUAGGAUUUUCCUGGGUUAUUGCAAUGGCAUAGGUAGGUAUUCUUCUGGUUUGUGAAAAUAGAGGGCUGCCAAGUUUGGCCUGCAAACUUGUAAUGAAGAAAAAUCUGGUUUUUAUAGGCCCCUACCGAAUAGUUUGCACAACUAUGCUUUGGAUUUCUUAGAUCUCAAACAUAUGUAGCUUUGCAACUUUUUUCUCUGUUUCUAGUAGACAGAGGUCAAGAUCAAUGUCAAGAUUGGAUUCCUGUAGAUAGUACCAAACGGUGUACCUAACCUGCUGACUCCGGUUCCAUUGGAGCUCAUGUGCAGAACUCAGAGAAGCACGUGUCCCACAUCAAAUUUUAAAAGGGAUACUUAUCUAUUUGAUAAAGUUGGCGCAAAGGAAAAUAUUAACAAUCAGCAAAGUUAACCACUGCAUGUUGUCAUUCUGUCAAUAUGUGAGACCAUCUGGGUGCUUCUUGUAAGAUUUGAUAUAAAACCUGAUGAAGUAUAUUAGUUUUCCAAUAAACCAAUACAAGCUAAAGUAUGUCAGUGCCACAUCAUUAUUGCAGUUGAACAUAGUUGAUGGAAAGAUGCAGUACCUAUUUGAUGAGGAUGGUCGUCGUUACCUGGAUGCUUUUGGUGGCAUUGCAACAGUUUGCUGUGGCCACUGCCAUCCUGAUGUGGUUGAAGCCAUAGUAAACCAGGCAAAGAGGAUCCAACACUCCACAGUUCUGUAUCUCAAUCAUGCCAUUGCGGAUUUUGCAGAGUCAUUGGCAUCCAAAAUGCCUGGGGAUUUGAAGAUAGUUUUCUUCACAAAUUCAGGCACGGAGGCGAAUGAGCUCGCACUGAUGAUUGCACGUCUUUACACUGGUUGCAAUGACAUUAUCUCCCUUAGGAAUGGAUACCAUGGGAAUGCUGCUGGAACAAUGGGUGCUACCGCUCAAUCCAAUUGGAAAUUCAACGUUGUUCAGACCGGAGUACACCAUGCGCUUAACCCAGACCCCUACAGAGGUGCUUUUGGCUCUGAUGGGGAGAAAUAUGCCAGAGAUGUUCAGGAAAUCAUUGAAUUUGGGACUACAGGGAGAGUUGCUGGUUUCAUUUCAGAAGCCAUACAGGGGGUUGGUGGAAUAGUGGAAUUGGCACCAGGAUACUUGCCAGCGGCAUAUGAUAUAGUAAGGAAAGCCGGUGGUCUCUGCAUUGCUGACGAAGUUCAGGCGGGUGUCGCACGAACUGGAAGCCACUUCUGGGGAUUUGAAGGCCACGGUGUUAUCCCAGACAUAGUUACCAUGGCAAAGGGUAUCGGGAACGGCAUACCGAUAGGAGCCGUUGUGACAACACCGGAGAUUGCUCAGGUGUUGACCCGUAGAAGCUACUUCAACACCUUCGGUGGUAACCCCGUCAGCACUGCAGGCGGUCAUGCGGUUCUCAAAGUGCUGGAGAAGGAGAAGCUCCAGGAGAAUGCAUUUGUUGUAGGCUCCUAUCUGAAGGAACAACUUAACAAGCUGAAAGAGAAGCAUGACAUCAUCGGUGACGUUAGGGGGAAAGGCUUCCUUCUUGGAGUUGAGUUGGUGACAGAUCGUGAAAAGAAAACGCCAGCCAAAGCUGAGAUCUCACAUGUCAUGAACCACAUGAAAGAUAUGGGGGUGUUGGUUGGGAAGGGUGGUUUCUACGGGAACGUGUUCAGGAUAACACCGCCGUUGUGCUUCACUAAAGAGGACUCUGACUUCUUCAUUGAUGUGAUGGACAUCGCGCUCUCGAAGCUGUGAGGCAGGCUACGCGAAGCUGAUGCCAUGUACAUCUGUUGAUCCGUGAAUAAUAGGAGAUUUGCGAGACAGCACCUCGUUGUUUCGUAAUCCGUGCUCGCCAGCUUCAGCUUCGUCCAGUCUGCUGUUCCUCCUUAUCAAGUCGUUUAACAACUCCCUUGUUUGAGAUCAAUAAUAAGUUCUUUUCUAUGUUAUAUGAGCCCUGUAUUUCUGUUAUUCAGAAACAAACCCCUGUGGCCCUGUCACUAUUAGGAGAUGCAGAGAUACGGCUUUACAUA